GUGGCUCCGUUUAUCCUUCUCUUCCUGGGUCUACCUGUUCUGCUCUAUCUCACCUCUACUUCGCGCAUACACUCUAAUAGGGUGCAUUUGGUGCCUGUAUAAGGCUUUGAUUUUCCCUUUCAGGAGCUAUCUGUAGAUCUGAAUCGGACGGGAGGCCAACGGUAGUGGUGGUGGUGGUGGUGGUGGUGGUGCCGCCAGUCAUGGCGAAGGAAGAUGAACCGGUGUCGUCGACGAGCUCCGAAGUCAUGCUGAAGUCUGAGGAAGUUGCUCCGGAGGCUGCUGCUGAGACUGCGCGGGUUAGUAGCUCCGGCGUCGAUUUACAGGUCGGGGAGAAGCUUUCCAAUGGCGAUGGCGAUACCUCCUCUGGGCGCGGGAAGCCGGUUCUUCCUAGAGUAAAUACGACGCCGCCGGAGAUACUGAACGAAAAGCUAAAGCUGCCUGCGGCGCUGGAAAGGUCGAAGACGGAAAGGCAGAACAACAUACACGCUGCAGAGGUUGAGCAGAUUUUCGAUGAUCGCAUUUCGAUACAGCAGAAGCUCACAUUGUUGAACAGAGUUGCUACUGUUAAAGAUGGAACGGUAGAAUUUGAAGUUGCAGAAGAUGUGGAACCUCGUAGUCCUGGAAUUGUUUCAGCAGACUCAUAUAAGGAAUUUGAUGAAGAGCCUCUUGAUGAAGCAGACCAUCUAGAUAUUCCUCCGUUGCAAAUUGUAAUGCUCAUUGUUGGAACUCGUGGAGAUGUCCAACCAUUUGUUGCAAUUGGAAAGCGAUUACAGGAUUACGGUCAUCGUGUUAGAUUGGCCACUCAUUCCAAUUUCAAAGAGUUUGUCAUGACAGCUGGAUUGGAAUUUUAUCCUCUUGGUGGAGAUCCAAAAGUUCUUGCUGAGUACAUGGUAAAGAACAAAGGAUUUUUGCCUUCAGGACCUUCAGAAAUACCUGCACAAAGAAAUCAGAUAAAAGAAAUUAUAUUCUCAUUACUUCCAGCGUGCAAAGAACCUGACAUGGACACUGGAAUUCCCUUUAAAGCAGAUGCUAUUAUUGCUAAUCCUCCUGCAUAUGGACAUACACAUGUUGCAGAGGCACUGAAAAUUCCAAUUCAUAUAUUUUUUACAAUGCCAUGGACGCCAACUAGAGAAUUUCCCCAUCCAUUGUCUCGUGUAAACAAACCAGCUGGGUAUCGAUUAUCCUAUCAGAUCGUGGACUCCAUGAUUUGGCUAGGAAUGAGGGACAUGAUAAAUGACGUCAGGAAAAAGAAGUUGAAGCUACGACCAGUCACUUAUUUGAGUGGUUCCCAAGGGUCCGAAUCAGAUAUACCACACGGAUAUAUCUGGAGUCCGCAUCUUGUCCCAAAACCAAAAGAUUGGGGACGCAAGGUGGACGUUGUAGGAUUUUGCUUCCUUGAUCUUGCAUCAAACUAUGAGCCGCCUGAAUCACUUUUGAACUGGCUUAAAGCUGGGCCAAAGCCUAUCUAUAUUGGGUUUGGCAGUCUUCCCGUUCAACAGCCUGAGAAAAUGACACAGACAAUUGUCAAAGCAUUGGAAAUAACUAAACAGAGAGGAAUCAUUAACAAAGGAUGGGGUGGCCUGGGCAACUUGGCAGAAGAGAAGGACUUCGUAUAUCUACUGGAUAACUGUCCUCAUGAUUGGCUUUUCUUGCAGUGCUCUGCUGUGGUACACCAUGGCGGGGCUGGAACAACGGCAGCUGGCCUUAAAGCUGCGUGCCCAACAACAAUCAUUCCGUUCUUUGGUGACCAACCGUUUUGGGGGGAUAGAGUACAUGCAAGGGGUGUUGGCCCUCCGCCUAUUCCAAUAGAUGAGUUCUCACUUCCAAAAUUGGUUGCCGCAAUAAAAUUUAUGCUCGAUCCCAAGGUCAAAGAGCGUGCAGUCGAGCUUGCAAAGGCCAUGGAGAAUGAAGAUGGAGUUUCCGGUGCUGUGAAGGCAUUCUUCAAACAUCUUCCACGUAAGAAACCCGAGUCCAUCCUGAGAACUACUCCAUCAAAACGUUUCUCCAUUCGGGGAUGCUUCGGCUGCUCCUAAAGGUCUGCCAUCUUUCCCGUGUCUCUCCCAUUAUGUAUAUACAUUUAUUAUAUGCAUUCUUUUUGGUGAUGAAUUCAUGGUCAUGUUAGCUUCAGUGUUUUUGCAGGUCUUAUUUUUUCUUACUGUGCAAAGAAAUCACACACGCAAAUAAGCUAUAUUGUGUUUCAUGAUACCCGUUUUUGGGCCUAUUUGUUGAGUCCUGUUUAUAGAAUGCUUUUGGGAUUUCUUUAGUCUCCAAUUAGAAAAUUAUGACUACCAUUGUGUUUUUAUUUUGUGUAUAAUUUUCGAAUUUGGAUUAAUUAAUUUUUUAUUAAAUAUGUUAUGGAAGUGUUUUGGUGUA